GCGGCCGGCCCCGCCCCUCCCGGAAGCGCCCGCGCGUCGGCGGCGCAUGCGCAGCGCGGCCGGGCCCGGCUCGGCACCUGCCCAGGGCGAGGCGGCGAGCGGCGGGGGGGGAGGCCGCACCGGACCGGACCGGGAACCGGCACCGGAACCGGAAACGGAACCGGCACCGGCACCGGCCCGGGCAGCGGCGCCGGCGCCAUGCCGCCAGGGCAAGCUGCGCCUGCAGAAGUGGUACCGGGCCACCGCCGACCGCGACAAGAAGAAGCUGGUGCGGGAGCUCAUGCAGCUGGUGCUGGCGCGCAAGCCCAAGAUGUGCAGCUUCCUCGAGUGGCGCGACCUCAAGGUCGUCUACAAGAGGUACGCCAGCCUCUACUUCUGCUGCGCCAUUGAGGGGCAGGACAACGAGCUCAUCACGCUGGAGCUCAUCCACCGCUACGUGGAGCUGCUCGACAAGUACUUCGGCAGCGUGUGCGAGCUCGACAUCAUCUUCAACUUCGAGAAGGCCUACUUCAUCCUGGACGAGUUCGUCAUGGGCGGCGAGGUGCAGGACACCUCCAAGAAGAGCGUGCUCAAGGCCAUCGAGCAGGCCGACCUGCUGCAGGAGGAGGACGAGUCACCCCGCAGUGUGCUGGAGGAGAUGGGGCUGGCGUAGCCCCUUCUUCGGGGGGGGCACAGAGGGGCCCCCCCUGCCAUCACCCCGGGGGGGGGGGCAUCUGCCCCCCCCCGCCACCCGCACGGGGGCCACACGGGACCAACUGCAGCCUGGAGCCGACGGGGGGGGGGGACGGACCCCCCCCAGACUGUAAAUAUAUAUAUACACACACGGGGGGGGGGCCUGUUGUCCCCUCUCUCGUGGGGGGGGCACAGCAGCAGCAAAGGGGUGUCCCCUUGCAGGGGACAGGGCUGGGGGGGCGUCACCGUGUCCCCCGUUUUGGGGUCGCCCCAGCGCCCCCCCCCAGCCGCACUCAGCCCCCGGGGGGGGCAGGGGGCCCCCUGUUUUGGGGGUGCCCCCCUGUGCCCCCCCCGGCCGCGGGACCCCCCCCCGGGUUUGGAAUAAAGCGUGCGGAGACUCA